AUGCCGGGGGUCGAAGCCAUGCAGGGGCAAGCCGGCCGCCGGCGCGCUGAACGCCAGACGUCAUCAUGCACCGAAUGUCGUCGCCGGAAGCAAAAGUGUUCACAAGGCCAGCCGUGCACAAACUGUCUUCGCCGAUUUCCCCAGCCCAUUUGCGAAUACAAGGUCAAGUCCUCGAAAAGAUCUUCUCCCCCGUCUUUCCUCCAGAAACCACCUCCUGCGUUAGCCGUGCGACAAGGACCAUACGCUCACUUGAAUCCUGCCGAUGUUCAGGAAGCUAUUAUCAAUCUAGAAGAUGCCCUGUCAAGUUCUUCUGGCAGCUCCGCCCAAAACCCCCAUUCAAAGAUCAGCGCCUGGGUUCCGUUCAAAGUUGUCUCCAAGGAGGUUCAAGAUGAAGACGAAGCCAUACUCAAGUCACUUCAGGUCAUCGUGGAACAUCGUCUAACCUUGGCUAACCGUAUCUAUUUGGACGAACGAGCCGAGACCACAAAGGCAUUCUUGGCGCACCAUGAAGGUCGGCGACCUGUUGGAUUACCAGUCGAAGGCUCCAUGGAGCAACUACGAUUAUUGCCAAUGGAGCCUACUAAUCUGAAUAAGGAGUUGGUACGCAUACACCUCCAGUUACUAUGCCGUUUCAAGUGCUCCGUAGAUGGAAACCCAGACCCAAGCAAUGCCUUCAUGAAAUACUGGGUUCCCUGCUGCGUGCAGGACCCCCUUCUUCUCCAGAUUGUUCUAUUCACAUCGUCAUGUUUCCUUUCAGAGACAGGACACAUUCCAAAGAUAAUAGCAAUGAUGCACAAGGGCAAGGUGUAUCAUUUGCUCAACUCACAGCUUCGAGACGAGGCCAGCCAAACCAGCGACGCGUCAGUUCUCGGCGUCGUUCAGAUGGUUGCUGAUUCUUGGUAUUGGGGCGCCACGGCUGAUCUCAAAGCCCACAUCAGAGGUCUAAAGCAGAUGAUCAGGAUGCGAGGUGGUCUAAGUCAACUUGGACUGCACGGAUACCUAGCCAAGAUGAUUAUAGUUCACGACGUUGUCAUGGCACUUGCCCACGAGAUCGAUCCAUGCAUCUAUGGUCAUCCUGGAUUCACGUUCCAGGAUCCUAUCAUGGUUCCCUUCAAGACGGCCUUGAACACCCCUCUCAUUUUUGGAUGGCCAACUUUCCAGGGAUGCUCAAACUCCCUGCAGCUUCACCCAAGCACAGCUCAGAUUCUUGAUGACAUGCGUUAUCUGUUUGACGUUGUUCUAUCCCUGCCAGAAUUUCCCAGCGCGGAGGAAUUUGACAAUGUUGUAACCACAGCUGGUUGGGUUCAGGACAGGAUAUCUGACCUUCCAGAUGACGCUCCGUCCCGACGAUCACCAGAAUAUCGCACACCUUCUCGAUCAAGCUCUGUCGAAAGCCCGGCAAAGUCACCAGGUUCCGCAAAGUCCGACAAGUCUUCCCCGCCUGUUGAACUUCCAGACAUGAUGUAUCGUGUCGUCCGGUUAACAUCCCUGAUCUGGGUUCGGUCAAUCCUCAACCGCUCCCCAACCAGCACAAUGUGCUCGGAGCGCGAUGUAAUGAUAAUCUGGGGCUCAGUAUGGCAGGCUGGCCUACCCUGCUGGCAAGCCGUGGUCGGCAUCUUUGUGUGGAUUAUACUGGCACUUGUUCCCAGCUGUCACAAGACACCUGCUGGUCGCUUCAUGAAGACGCUGAUGGUUUCCACUUUCAUGUCGAUCGGGGUUGACAAUUGGCACAUCGCCAUGGACAUCACCAGGACCGCUUUCAAGCUACAAAGAUGGCUUGCAGGAGGCAGGAUUCAAGCAGGUGAGAAGGGUCUCAGCGGAGGGGAGACUGUUGUGGAUAAGUACGGAUUUGUCAUGAAAGAGAUCCUGCCAGAGAUUCAGCUCCCAACCGACGACGAAUGA